UCAGUCUACUCUGCACAUCGAUUUCGCCGGGUCGUUUUGUUUUAUGCAGCCAGCAGUGUCAGUCGAGCGUUGUGAAAGGAAGUAUGUGCUUUGUUCGCGAGUCUUAGGUGACUGUUUGUGCGUGCCGGUCUGUUUUCCGUGUUUUUUCAUGGUGUUCAAACGAUUUGUUUUAGACUCGUUCUACUGGAAGCCUUUCCAAGGGAUAAUCAAGUUGCGCACCCUAGAAAUACCGAGAAAAACCACCCGAAAUACGAAACUAAAUCUACACGAGAAAAAGCAGCUGGCGCUAAGGAUCCUUCGUCGAAAUCAGUUUCAAUGAAGUUUGGAGUGAAAUUACUUUAUGCGCCAAGGAUAUCCGUAGUUCCGGAUUACAUUCCCGCAUCUGGUUCUGGGAAGCAUUCCUAACUGAAAGCGGCAGUGAUGUUCAGUAGUUCGAUAUCAUAUAAUCGAUAGGUACUAAUUAAACUAGCAAGCCCGGCCAAUGCUUUCCGAGAAAAAAUUGUCAUAACGCGCCCCACAAGUUGGCCACUCAUGCCGGAGACAAAACACUUGAAGGUAGCGCGCAACUUUCCACCGACAUAUUUAACAAAGCGACACCGACUCGUAACAACUUUAAAUUACAUCUUCGAGAGCCGGAAACUGGGAGGGUUGUGAAAGAAACAGGCCAAAACAACAAAAGCUAGUGCAGCUUUCGGUAAAGAUCAUCGCCGUCUGACGCCGGACGAUACGUGAGAUGGUUUUAUUUGUUUCCUGGUGGAAUACACAGGAAAAGGAGGUUGAUAAUAAAACUUUAAUUUGUAAUGAUCGAAAUUCCAGUGCAUCAUUGAAUUCGCGGGUUUGAAAGUUCCAGUAAAAUCGUAAACAUUUCGAGAAACUGUCAUUGACGUUUCCUCAAGCGUAACUACAUGCGAGAGGAGAUCAACCAGGAAUGUUUAUGGGGUUUUGCUGGGGUAUAUGUGAAUAAAUGAUAUUAUUUUUUAAUUGCUAGUUGUUGGAACGGAAUAAAAACGAAACAACAGUGUACAGUGCAACUCGCCGCGCGGUUUCAAGUGUACAUCGAACUAGUUUUUUUUUAUAAUUAAAAGCGUCUCAGAGCAGUAUCUGUGGUAGUGAAAUUUCUAAGAAAAAAUGAAUUAUGCUUGCUCACUGGCAGUACUAGUUUCAUAUAGCAAGCGCUUCUAAGUGGAAAUUGUGCGACCCAGUCAGGUUGUUAAAUUGGCUCGCCAUUUCCGUGGACCGUAACGACGACGGCGACAGCAACGAUUCGUUGACUAAGUAAUACCUGGAAAUUCGGUGCGCUCUGUUCGGGUCCAAUUGGUGUGUUUACUGAGGCGCGGAAACCGUGACACCGACCAGCGGAAGCGGUUUGUCCAGAAAGAACAAAAUUUGGAUCAGUGAAACGAGACCGGUACACUUAGAAACAAGCAAACAUCGAAACAGAGCUCCGUGAGUGUGGGAUUAGGAAAUAGGCAGGAGAAACCAAAUCGCUGCGACGAACAAUACUGAGAAGAAAAAAACCUGUGAAGAUAUAUUGUCGCGAGGAGAUGGUUUAUUUGAUUGAUUAAUAAGCAUAUUAGUGUUGUUGUUUAUUGUGUUGACAAUGUCAUACAGCGCGUCGGUUUAGUUGUUGUGCGUCAUAAAGUUACUGCCGGAACGCUUUAACUGCAUCACAAGUACGUCACGCAAGCCGCGAUCGUCAAGUUUGCGGCACGGCUAGAGAUAAACUUUAUCGGGUUGGUGGUUGAGCAUAGGUGAAAAUACGUCACCAUGAUACUGUUCGUGCCAGUCAGACGACCGGCAACGGCGAAGGCGGCGAAAAGAAAGAGGCACGAAAUUACAGGCGACGCCAAAAUGCUGACGUUACUAAUUGCCACCUGUUUUGCGGUCACGACUCCGGUGGUUUAUGGAGAAGACCACUGCAGUGAGCAUCGGUACAACAAUUCGAUCGCUACUGACUACAUGCAGUUCACCAAAGAGGUGCCAGACCAGGAGUACGGUAUUUUCGGACAGUUUAAGAGCUUGCAUUGUUGCGCCAAAGGAUACCGCAGUAUAGAAUGGUUCAAGAACGGUCAACCUUAUCCGUGGGGCAGUGAUAUAUCGUCGCUCAUUGUGUACCCAGAGGCAGCCAAUCAAACUAUCUACACACACCGGAUAUCGGAGACGGACAUUGGCAACUAUACAUGUGUGUUGCGUAACGAUACCAGCAUCAUACGACAUGACAUUGAGUUGCGAAUGCAAGAGGACAAACCGGACUACCCGCUACCGACGUUCAAACCGAAAGAUAUGAUAAGCAACCUGGGCGAGACGGCGCGAUUCUAUUGCGAGGCGUUUGUGGGAAAACUAGACCUACCGGAUGCGACCAAUAAAAUCAUGUGGAUGCAGAUGGCGGACGAUAAGCCAGCGACCGUACUGGAUGCGAAUCAGAUGAACGUAACAAGGGAGGACGGUCAAAUCAUCGGCUCCUAUCUUUCGAUACCAAAUAUACAGCAGCAUCAUUACGGCCGGUACAGAUGCCAGAUCACCUCCGGUAAUCUAGCUCGACCUCUAGAACUCAGUGUGCUGCUCUCGCCAGCGCAGGUGACUGCCGCUGAAGAAUCCGAAUUCGAAUUUCUGGUACUCAUCAUCAUCGCCACCAUUGCGACUAUGCUGGUCGUCAUGCUGUUCGCCCUCUGCCGACUAGACAUGCGGAAGGACGAAAUUGACAAACGCUGCUCAGCGCAGUUCAUCGCUGAUAACGAAAACGUGUAACAAGUAGUAUCGACUAAGCUUUAGACUGUAGUUCCAUCCAUUUCAAAACAAACCUAUUUAUUUCAAUGAAGUGUAGAGCUCUAAGCUGCGACUGUAACUAAUAUUUGUUAAACAAUCCUCAGUACUAUACUAUUCGUUAUUUGGCUACAUGCUGCCAACUUGUUAUUGACAACAUCAGCUAGAAGCGGACAAAUCGUUGUAAAUAUCUCAUUAGAGUAGUCCGACGUAUAACGUAUUUGAUUAUUUCUUAACGUGGACAAACUAAGGGUAGAAGCUGAAUGGGAAAGCCAUUUAUGAGACUGACUAUUGUGAUCCGGUAGGAAUCUAUUCCUCUAACCAUGCUGCCGCGUGCCGUUUAGUUCCCUAACCGAAGGAUCUGAACGUACGAAAACAACCAGGAACAAGCUAACGGUUCACAUUGACCACAAAGGACGUUCUAAAACAAAUUUUGGAGCCUAAACUUCAACAAAUUUAAUAUCGUUGCACGACACUGUGCAGCUGGGAUAACGUCGAAUAACUAACGUAACAAUGGAGCGAACAUUUAUACGCUUUAAGAAAACAAGUAUUAUUAUUUCUCAUGUUUCUUUAAAAUUCAACAUUUCACUAGAAGCAAUAUCGCAGUGCGAGAUAAUAAAUAUUAUUCAUUGGGCCAAAACUGAUUAUUGGCGGAGUGGUAUUCCAGAGAUGUGUGCAAACUUGAUAACUUUUCAAUGUAUAACUGAUACCAGUGAGCAAACAGCACAAAGUGGUAACUUUUGUUCUUGAGCAUUCCAAUCGAAACCAAACAUAGUUUGGAAACCCUGAAAAACUUAGGACUUAUCUGUUCAAGAAAACGUUUCUGUUGGUACUUAUACUGCCGUUCCAAGCAUAGUUGUCCCAUGUUCUACAGAAACCUUAUGCACGCUGGGACAAUUAUGCUUGGAACGGCAGUAUAGGUGAGCCGUGUUUGAGAGUUGCGCAGUAAUUUAAAGAAAAAAUAGAGCGGCGGUCGACAGAUGAUUUAUACCACUAUGUUCUGUAUAUUGAUGACAAUGAAUUGUUGUGUAUGAUAGUUGUAGUUAACUGCAGUAAAA